GCCGUGCCGGCAGAGGUUUGGCGCCUGAGUGCGAUGAGGAAGUUGAGCCUCCCCAAAAAUCAGCUGACGUGCGUGCCGGCGGAGAUCGGGCAGCUCACGUCGCUGGAGGGGUUGUGGCUUCACGCCAAUCAGCUGACGAGCGUGCCGGCGGAGAUCGGGCAGCUCACGUCGCUGACGUACUUGCACCUCUCCAGCAAUCAGCUAACGAGCGUGCCAGCUGCGAUACGCGAGCUC